CUAGAGAGAAGAGAUACCUGACCCUCUUCUAGACUCACCAUGAUUGAGGAUUACCACAACCUCACAUCUUCGGAUGCAGAUGAGGAGGGUGGAAGCCCUGUCCGAAAAGCCCCUCCAAGGCUUCCCCCAAGCCCAACAUGGACCCGGCGCCUCUGCCCAAGCCGUCGUCUGGUUCUGAUCCUGCUGGGACUCAGCGUCAUCCUCACCCUCGUGGUCAUUGUAUUUGGCGCCAAAGGUCAUUCCUUCAGCUCCCAGCUAUGGGGGAUGAAGGCAAGUUUGAAAAGCAUGAAUCAAACCAUUGCUGAGCAGGUGGCCACUCUACAGCGCCAGGAAACGGACACAGACACAAAAAUUACACAAUUUGACGGGACGGUGAAAAAACUGAUUGAGGAGUCGGACGGAGCCCGGACACGACUCCAGAACCAGCUGAACGACUUGCGGAGGAACAUUAGAACCAUGAAUUGUGACCUGGAGAAUUUUAAACAGAACAAAACAGCCAGCCCAGAGGCCUGUUGCCCCAGGGGCUGGGCGGCCUUUCGGAAAAGCUGUUACUGGGACUCCAGGGUAGGGAAGACCUGGGAAGACGCAAAAGCCGACUGUGAAGCGCGGGACGCCCACCUGGUGAUCAUCAACUCGUACGAGGAGCAACAAUUUGUGGCGGUGCGUGUGAGGCCACAAGCCACGUGGAUCGGCUUGACCGAUGCCAGCGGGAGCUGGAAAUGGGUGGACGGGACGACCUACACUGUUCGUCAGGAGGAGUGGUGCUCAAAUCAGCCAGACAACUGGUACGGCCACGGCCUUGGUGGAGGUGAAGACUGCAGCCACCUCACCACCAGGAGCUGCUGGAAUGACGACCAUUGCACCCGUCUCUACGGCUGGAUUUGCGAGAUGGAGAUCAACGAAUAAAGGGAGGGGGGGCAGACCGCCAUCCUCCGCUCCCCGGGGAGACAGGUUCUGAGGUCCCUGGGCGAGCGGUUUGACGGGAGGCAUUUGAGACUGCAUUCUGGGGAGAUUCUCUCCAGCUUCUUCUCACCUUACUCAUCCGCUCUAGUCUAAAAUGGAUCCAGACACACGAAGCUGCCAAUACUUGACCGUUUAUUUUAAAGUGACAUGUGGGUUCUGACUUCUUACAUGCUCAGAGGCACCCUGAGCUACCUCUCAAACAAGCGCCUCCCCGUUCUGCUCCAACUCUGGCUCCAUUCUCACCAUCUGCCAGGUCCUCUCCUGACCCGGGGAUCUUGUGUGAGGGUUGCCAUGGCCUCUCUUUCUCAUUCACUACUUCAUUCAUCUCCACACUGUCCCUCCUUCUGUCUCUCUUUCCUCCAGACUCCCACCUUCAUAGAAUCAUAGAAUAGCAGAGCCGGAAGGGGCCUACAAGGCCAUCGAGUCCAACCCCCUGCUCAAUGCAGGAAUCCACCUAAAGCAUCCUUGACAGAUGGUUGUCCAGCUGCCUCUUGAAGGCCUCUAGAGUGGGAGAGCCCACAACCUCCCUAGGUAACUGGUUCCAUUGUCAUACUGUUCAACAGUCCGAAAGUUUUUCCUGAUGUCCAGCCAGAAUCUGACCCUGUAACUUCAGCCCAUUAUUCCAUGUCCUGCACUCUGGGAGGAUUGAGAAGAAAUUCUGGCCCUCCCCUGUGUGACAACCUUUGAAGUAUUUGAAGAGUGCUCUCAUGUCUCCCCUCCAUCUUCUCUUCUCCAGGCUCAACAUGCCCAGUUCUUUCAGUCUCUCUUCAUAGGGCUUUGUUUCCAGACCUGGUUGCCCUCCUCUGAAUACGCUCCAGCUUGUCUGAGUCCUUUUUGAAUUGUGGAGCCCAGAACUGGACGCAAUACUCUAGAUAAGGCCUAACCAGGGCCGAAUAGAGAGGAACCAGGACCUCACGCGAUUUGGAAGUGAUACUUCUGUUAAUGCAGCCCAAAAUAGCAUUUGCCUUUCUUGCAGCCAUAUCACACUGUUGGCUCAUAUUCAGCUUGUGAUCUACAACAAUUCCAAGAUCCUUCUCCAA